AGAACGUGCUGUUAGGCUUGUGACCCGGUUCUGUAACCCGGCGGCCUGGUGUCACAGUACAGCGUGCAGGAAAUAUGUACAGUAUAGCGUCAGCCGUGUGGGAAAUGCAGCUGCCUCAUGUGGUCAGCUGUCAGCCAGCAGCACGGGGUCUCCACCCCAGCCCCUCCCCCUCACGUACUGCCGGGUGUCAGUAGGAGCGGUGUAGGGCACCAGUGUCAGCCCCGGGUGUGAAGUAGAGCCGGCACCAUGCUGCUCUCCGCUGUCCUGCACACCUACUCGCUGCGCUACAUGCUGCCCGCCGCCCUCAUGCUGGGCACAGCACCCAGUUACCUGCUGGCCUGGGGAUGCUGGCGGGCCCUGAGCACCGUGCUGCCCGAGAGCCUGUACCGGCGGGGGGACGACCGGCUGUACACCAUCUACCAGAGCAUGGUGCUUUUCUUCUUCCAGCACUACACCGGGGUGCAGGUAGUGAUAUAUGGACAGUUGCCAGAAAAGGAGAACAUUUUGUAUUUAUCGAAUCAUCAAUGUACAGUUGACUGGAUUAUUGCGGACAUGGUGGCUGUACAGCAAAACGCACUGGGCCAUGUUAGAUAUGUUCUGAAGGAUGGUCUGAAAUUUCUUCCUCUAUAUGGCUGGUAUUUUUCCCAGCAUGGUGGAAUUUAUGUGAAGAGAAGUGCCAAGUUUAACGAUAUGAGGAUGAAAAACAAGCUGCAGGCCCAGAUGAAGGCUGAGACUCCAAUGUACAUUGUGAUUUUCCCAGAAGGAACACGGUACAAUCCCGAUAUACCGAAGGUUAUCGCUGAUAGUCAAGCAUUUGCUAUGAAAGAAGGACUGCCUGUUCUUAAGCAUGUGUUAACACCACGUGUUAAGGCAACUCACAUAGCGAUUGAGACCAUGCAGGACUACUUGGAUGCUGUAUAUGAUGUCACAGUUGCCUAUGAAAAGACUACAACCCAAAGUGGCCAAAGGAAAGAAGCACCUGCCAUGACAGAAUUUCUGUGUAAGGAAUGCCCAAGAAUUCAUAUAAAUGUGGAGCGUAUUGACAUUAAGGAUAUACCUAAAGAGCAGUCCUCCUUAAGGAGAUGGCUUCAUGAGCGCUUUGAAAUUAAAGAUAGGUUACUCACAGAGUUUUAUGAAGCUACAGAUCCUGAAAUGCGUAAUAAGUUUCCUGGAGAAGGUCACAUUGCAAAGCUCAGCUUAAAGAAAACCGUGCCACCUUUGUUACUUUUAACUGGUAUAACAGCGGGCAUGCUUUGCACAGAAACUGGAAGGAAAGUUUAUAUAAACACUUGGAUAUAUGGAACUCUACUUGGUUGCCUAUGGGUCAGCAUCAAAGCCUAAAUGGACCAUUAGUUUUUACCAGCUGCACAUUAUACCAAAUUUUUUGUCCAGGACUAAACAACUUGUAUGUUCUGCCUUAUUCAUGACUACAUUGAAAUCAUUAGAAUGUAAGAAUGUUGGAAGUGACUAGUCACAAUUGUAAUUUGAGUGUGAUAUUAUGUUUUAGCAUCCUAAAGUUUGCUUAAUGGCAUAACCCUUUCUUUAUAUGUGCCAGUGACCAACCCUGCCAUGAUAUUAUUGGCAUAGUUGGCCUUGUACAGUCAUCCAAGAGCCCUCAUCAUUAGAAGACUCUGCCAUCUCACACUGCUCCACUAUGUGGCCAUUUUAGGUCUAUACAGGUCACAGAUUGGCAACUCUCAACUCUUUUUCUUUUUCGGCACUCUUUCUAAUUUUUGUGAGUUUUUUUUAACUGGAUACAUUAAGGGUGCUCUUCAACCUUGGCCAUUUUCUCACAUGCAAUUUAUAAUAAAAGCUUUUGUUACUCAAAGUAUAUACCUUCCUGUGGUAAGUUGCAAAACAGAAGUGUUUUUAAGAUCCACUUCACAUCACACGUUGUGUCUCCACCACCAGUAAACAUCUGCUAGCCAAUGGAUUUAAUCAGUUUGUUUGUUUUUGUUUUGUUUUUUAGUGUCACUAUGCUUUUUAUCUGAGAGACAGAAAUGUGAAGUAGACUGUGUACUUUUCUUUUCCUUAAAUAAAAUAUAAACUGAUGUUAAACAGGCCACAAGACAUUGAAGUUUGGUCUAAGCCAACGGUUUUGCUGUGAGCACUGUAUACUGGUGGCUGAGACGGAAAACUUCAUGUGAAUGGGGCCCAAUAUGUCACCUUGUAUGUGUGGUCAUAAGCACUGCUGAUGAAGUAAUGUCCUUUUUUAGCAUUUCAAUUAGUUUAUGGUCUCAUAGAAUUUACAAGCAAUUUGUGGUGCUGACAGCUGCAUCCAAGGGAAGAAUGUGUUAUUGUUUUUUUUUUUGUUUGUUGCAUGUUUAACCAUGUAAAUGUUGUUUGCUUGUGUAUUACAUCUUGAUUUUCAUAUUUGUAAAAGAUUUCAACCUUUAUUAUUUGCUACAGUUGAAGUGAUACAGUAUGAAGCAGUAUGUCAUGGGUUUAAGCAAUACAGUCUGAUUUGGUGCUAUCCCUUACUGCCGGCUGAUGCUGUAGAGCAGGCAUAAGCAACCUUUGGCACUGCAGAUAUUUUGGACUACAUCUCCCAUGAUGCUUUUGUAGCAUUUUUGGCUGUAAGAGCAUCAUGGGAGAUGUAGUCCAAAACAUCUGCUGUGGCGAAGGUUGCCUAUGCCUGCUGUAGAGAAAUGUUACGUGAUAGUCAAUAAAUAUGUGCCUUUUUACUUUUGGUUCCGUUUUUAAAGCAUUUAUGCAUAAGCUUCAGUAUGAAUACAUAACAUCAGAGAGAAAUUGAAUAUUUUUAGUUUAGGUUUACAAUUUAUCACAUUCUAUAUAAUUUAUUUUAUGAAACUAUUAUGAAUUUAAUCAAAAUAGAUUGAUUGUAUUUAAUCUCAUUGUAUCCGGGUUCAUAAACUUAAUUUGAGUGAUUUUGCAGAAUAAAUAUCCAUAUAAUCUAGGGUAACUUUAGAUAGGUCUGAUGAAGUAGAGAUCAGAAAUAGUUUUUUUUGCUUUAUAGUAGCAUUUACAUUGGGGGCAAAUACCCUUUCACUCUUGCAUGCCUGUGUUGGUCAACUUGUUACAAUGCAACUGAUAGGUGACAUUAACAGUUUCCAUUUGAAUUACAUGCAAGAUUGUGUUUUUGUUUUUAUUUUUUUAAAGCUAAUUUAUGUAUGCACAGUACCUGCUAGAUGGAAGCUUAUGUUCCUUCCAAUUCAUCUGCAGGCAUAGUUGCGGACACUAGUCACUGGAUUAUAUUUAAACUCCUUUCUCUAUGUAUUGGUUUAUCCUGUUACCAAUGGCCAAUUGUUGUACAUUCCAAAAACUCUUUGUGAGUUUAAAAACAGGAAUGACUUUUGUUUGCUUAUCACAGUGAGUAGUCAGAGACAAAUGCAGAAUCAAUCCUCAUUUCUAGGACUAGAACCUCUUAUUUAUAAUGAACUGUUCUGUUUCCCUGGUUUAAAGGCUAUGGACGCCUGCAUUUUUUUAAUUCUUGCUUUGUACUUAUUAGGGUAUGGUUACACAUAUCAUGUGCUGGCCCCGUCUCCAAACCUCACGGCACACACAGGGCUGCCACGGGUACCGCUUUGUGUCUGCUCAAAGGAGAGUAUGUGAUGUAUUUUGCACAGUGUGAAUUACGCCGCAUAUACGCUACGUGUGACUUUCCCCCUAUGGCACAAAAACACUUUUCGUUAGGGCUUUAUAAAAAUAAAAAAUAAAUUCUGUUUUACAGCCCAUAUAGGAUAUUGUUUUCAUACAUCAAAGAAGCAAUUUUUGACAGGUUUGUUAUCAGCCUCUCCUCUUUUGAAAGAGUUUGAAUUUGAUUUAUGACCACAUCAUAGUCGACAUUUUGAUUUGCUCAUAAAUGAACUUGGAAGUCUCAGAAAAGAAACAAAUAUAAUUCUAGAGAAUGGCUUCUUUGUCAUAAUUUACUGAUAACAGAAUGUUAAAAAAAAUAUAUCUAUAUGCAUUUUUUGCUAACAAAGACCAAUAGAAAAACAUGGUUGCUUCUUGAUCAUCUCCUUUUUUAUUUCUGGGUUUGGUUUCAUAAGGUUUCAGAAUCUUGUUAUCUGUGUUAUAGGUAAUAAACAUUUCAGAAAGGUGAGAGAAAAGAUUUUGUCAUCCAAUAUUGAAAGGUUCACUCACUGCCCCCUGUUACCUGGAAGAUAAUAUGGGAAAUCUGUCCAAUGAAAUGAAGAUGGAAAGCUGAGGAGGUGACUAUUGCAAUCAAAUAGAUUUAGUUUUCAAAUUUUUUGAUAAUCUACAGGGAGAAUCAUGUUAUUUCAGGCAGUGCUUUUGUGUAGUAAGUAUACUCAGUUUACUAUUUGGUGCCAGACCCAGGUAGUAAACUCAGGCCCACCAUUACAUGGCACAUUAGGAAUUCGGCACUCCAAACUUUGUGUAGUUUUCGUAACCAAUGUGCAAGAACACUACAGGCAACUUUUUGAGUAUACAGCCCGUCAUCAGACUGAUACUGCUGUGCUGUGACUCUCCUUACAAGGUACUAUCUGCCUGAUAAAUGGUUUGUUCUUCCACAAGGAUUAAUUUAUAAAAAAUAAAAAAAAACUACUAUCUUUGAUCACACAAACUGGAGUGCUAACUCUUCUAUUGUGCCAUGUAAAAAAUAAAAGCAACAAUCUAGUUGCUAUUGGCAGCUCCUCCAUUUCCAUCUUACCUAUAGUGUUUUUUGUUUUUUUUAUCGAUCAUAUUGUCUUUAUGGUGGAAAACAAUGAAUAUCGCUUAGUAAUUCCACAUAACUUUCGUUGCCUACCAAAGAUUUCAAUAGACAAACUACCACAACAUUUCAUUUAUAGAAUAAAGUAUAAUAUAAAGUUUCUUUAUUUGCUAAGGUUGCUCUGAAAGGUGAUGAAGUAGAAUAGAAGAGAAGAAUUGUAUAUUUCAUAUCCUGCAACUAUGAAAAUACUCUAAGAACAUGAUUUCUAAUUCAUUGUGUGAGCCAUAUUUCAUUGUUGUUAAGCUGACACUUGACAGAUUUUUUUUUUGUGUGGGGGGGAAGAUAUAUUGGUACAAACUGUAUGUCUAGAUAACUUAGGGACCCUGGAGGUUUUCUGGUUCUUUGAUGUCUCCACUACAUCCAGCCUUUGUGGGCACUCAGACUCUUUUUCAUGUAACAGGAAUAAUGAAUUCUGUAGAAGAAAAUGGAGAUUGCACUGCUGUUCUUUAUCACAUUUAGCGCAUUCUGUUGCCAAAAAUUAGUUUUAACAAUGUACUUGUUGAAAAGCAUAUAACACAAAGUGUAUCACUAUUGCGUCAUGUUCAUACAUAAUUAUUUUGUGUGUUUAUAUAAAAUGCCCAUUUAUCUCAUGUAAAGUUUCUGUACUGUGUUGCCAAGUAAAAAAAUAAAUAAAAAAAUAUACAU